UACUACUGAAAAUAGUGACACUUGACGUGACAUUUAUUUAAAUGCAGUCAACAAAAUAAAUAAGAAACAACAAACAAUUCCACCAAUCAGAAUCUCCAACCAAUGCACCAUAGAAGAGUGGGUGGGCACCAAGAAAUUCACGAAUUUAUUGAAGCAGCAAUUUGACGAAUUUCUUCGUGAAUUUAAUUUAUUGUUGGUUUUGGUCUAAAGUGGGUAUAAGCCGAUGGUUUAUCACCUUGUGGGCCUGUGAAACUUACUUAAAUGCUUUGCUGAAAAGUUCUAGAAAUCCUUCUAUAUGCAUAUGCAUCUAUAUUCCUUAAUCAAAUGGAAGUAAAAAAAGAAAUUAGCGGGGAAACGUGUAAAAUAGAAAUAGAAUAUAAUGACUUGGAUGAUGCUCUUUUGGAUGACUUUAAAUGUGAAAUUCAGGAUGAGCCCAAUAGGGAAAGUAUUCCUGGCACAUAUUAUGAUUCUUUAGACUUGAAGAAAAGUCCCAUAAAUACUGAACAUGGAAAUAAACUUAACUCAUUUGAAGAAAUCCAAGAAACUGAAAAAGAUUAUCUCCAGGAUGAAAACAAAAUAGAAGUUAUGGAAAAACUCAUCCAAGAUUCAUCUUACAGAGGAAAUGACAUGAGUCGACACACUGAAGAAAAAACAUUAAAUAAAGCUGUGAAUGAUGUGACUGGAAAAAGACCACAUAAAUGUGAAAUUUGUUUUAAGCAGUUUACUCACAAAUGUUUUUUGAAAAUGCAUGUGAGAGUACACACCGGAGAAAAACCUCAUAAGUGUGAAAUUUGUUUUAAGCAAUUUAGUGAAACAAGUCAUUUGAAAAGACAUUUGAGAGUGCACACUGGGGAAAAACCUUACAAGUGUGAGAUUUGUUUUAAGCAGUUUAGUGAAGCAAGUCAUUUGAAAACACAUUUGAGAGUGCACACUGGGGAAAAACCUCAUAAGUGUGAAAUUUGUUUUAAGCAAUUUAGAGAUGCAGGUACCUUGAAAAGACAUUUGAGAGUGCACACUGGAGAAAAACCUCACAAGUGCGAAAUUUGUUUUCAGCAGUUUAGGGAAGCAAGUCACUUGAAAGAUCAUUUGAGAGUGCACACUGGGGAAAAACCUCAAAAGUGUGAAAUUUGUUUUAAGCAAUUUAGUAAAGCAGGUACUUUGAAAAUACAUUUGAGAGUGCACACUGGAGAAAAACCAUACAAGUGCGAAAUUUGUUUUCAGCAGUUUAGGGAAGCAAGUCACUUGAAAGAUCAUUUGAGAGUACACACUGGGGAAAAACCUCAAAAGUGUGAAAUUUGUUUUAAGCAAUUUAGUAAAGCAGGUACUUUGAAAAUACAUUUGAGAGUGCACACUGGAGAAAAAUCUUACAAGUGCGAGAUUUGCUUUAAGCAAUUUAGAGAUGCAGGUUCUUUGAAAAGACAUUUGAGAUUGCACACUGGAGAAAAACCUUACAAGUGUGAAAUGUGUUCUGAGAAAUUUACUCACCAUGGAAGCUUGAAACAGCAUUUAAGGGUACACACUGGAGAAAAAUCUUACAAGUGUGAUAUUUGUUUUAAGCAAUGUAGAGACGCAGGUGAUUUAAAAAGACAUUUGAGAAUGCACACUGGGGAAAAUCCUUACAAGUGUGAUAUUUGUUUUAAGCAAUGUAGAGACGCAGGUGAUUUAAAAAGACAUUUGAGAAUGCACACUCGGGAAAAACCUUACAAGUGUGAAACUUGUUUUAAGCAGUUUUCCAGUACAGGUAGUUUGACAGUACAUUUGAGAGUGCACACUGGAGAAACACUUUACAAGUGUGAAAUUUGUUUAAAACAGUUUAAUACAACAAGUAGUUUGAAAAAACAUUUGAGAGUACACACUGGAGAAAAACCUUACAAGUGCGAGAUUUGUUUUAAGCAAUUUAGUGAAGCAGGUAAUUUGAAAAGACAUCUGAUAGUGCACACUGGAGAAAAACCUUACAAGUGUGAAAUUUGUUUUAAGCAGUUUUCUCAGACAGGUUUCUUGAAAACACAUUUGAAAGUGCACACUAAAGAAAGGUCUAUCUAAAGCGAAGUCUAUCUGGGUGACCCUUGAAUCGAUACUGGAGCAGUCAGGACUUCUCUAUGUAGUGAAACGUCAAUUUACCAUGAUACAAAUUUAUUUAACCAAACACUACAACCCGGGAGCGUAUUGAGCGGGAAGGUAAAGUGAAGUUGGUUAAGAAAUAAACUUGUUAAAAUAUAAACUAAAUAAAUAAAAUAUAAUUUGAAAACAAUAAUUUGACAUUAUAU